AUGAGCUCCAAUCAAGAUGUGGCGGUUGAUCCGGUCACAAUUGUAAUUAAAGAAUGCAUUACACUUUCAACUGCCAUGAGAAAGUAUACAAAGUACACGUCGCAAUCAGGUGUUGCCGCACUACUUAGCGGUGGUAGUGAAAUUUUUAGUAAUCAGGAUGAAUCUCUGGCUAGUACAUUCAACAAUUUAUCGGCAAAUAAGCAUAAUGAUCCGCUUUUGUCGGGAUUUGUGCAAUUGAGAUUGAUGCUGAAUAACUCAAAGUCAUUGGAUGAGAUUGAUUCUUUGACCCUUCUACAGCCCUUUUUAUUGGUUAUAAGCACGGGCACAAUUUCUGGUUACAUUACAUCGCUGGCUUUAGACUCCCUUCAGAAAUUUUUCACUUUCAAUAUCAUCAAUGAUUCUUCUUUGAAUCAUAUUGUUGCUUACCGCGAGGCGGUGAAUUCGUUGACUCAUUGCCGAUUUGAAGGUUCGGAACAGACAUCGGACGAUUCUGUGCUGCUGAAAGUUCUGGUUUUACUGGAAAUGAUGAUUCUUUCGCCAUACAGUGAUGUUUUAUCGGACUCGAUAAUGUAUGAAGUUCUUCAAACGGUGAUGUCUCUAGCCUGUAAUAAAAAAAGAACAGAGAUUCUGAGAAAAGCAGCAGAAAUGUCCAUGAUGUCGAUUACCGUUAAGCUCUUUGGCAAUCUGAGAAAGAUCCCACCAACCGAAGCACAAAAAUACAUUAAUGACGAAGACUUUUCGAGAAAUACACUAAAAGAUGAUAUAAUUGGCACAAGUACGGAUAUGAAUGAGAACCAGGCUCCAGAUGAUAUACCCUCGGAGGCAGAGUCAUUAGAUUCUGAUCCCCAAGAUACUCAAAAAGUUAAGGUUGAGCAGCUUGAGGAAAACUACGGUCUUCCAGUCACCAAGGAUUACUUAACCAUCCUAGUUUCCUUAAUUGUUCCUGAAAAUCAGUUUAAACACAACAACUCAACAAAGGUAUUCGGACUCAAUCUAUUAAAUAUGGCACUUGAGCUUUCUGGAGAUGUUUUUCCCCAACAUCCUCGAUUAUUCAAUCUGGUGUCGGAUCCUAUUUUCAAGAAUGUUCUGUACCUAAUACAAAAUACAGAUCGUUUGUCAAUUUUACAAUCUGCGGUGCAAUUGUUCACUACAAUGACAAUUGUUCUUGGUGAGCACCUCCAAAGACAGGUUGAGCUAACCCUGCAAAGCAUUUUCGAAGUUUUACUAAAGAAUCAAUCGGAUAAUAUAAAACCUAGGUCACCAGCUAUGAAAGAACUUCUCAUUGAGCAAAUCUCAAUUCUUUGGACCAGAUCACCGUAUUUUUUUACCUUUAUCUUCAAAAACUAUGAUUGCAAUUUAAACAGACCAGAUUUAUCCUCUUAUAUCUUAAAGUCGUUGGCAAAAUUAGCACUGCCCGAAUCUGCAGCGAUCACAGCUGACAGUGUUCCACCUAUUUGCUUAGAAGGGCUGAUUUCCCUAAUCGAUAGCAUGCAUGAUCGCAUUAAGGGAGAAGAUAAAGCCAUAUUACAGACUUCUGCGAAGCUCGAUGUUUUAGAAGAAAGAGCAAGAAAAACGGAAUUUAUUAAGUGUGCUGAAGCUUUCAAUUCAAAGCCUAAGAAAGGUAUUCCAUUGUUGAUAGAGAACGGUUUUAUAAAAUCUGACUCUGAGGAUGAUAUUGCAAAGUUUCUUUUUGAGAAAAAUGGCCGCCUCAAUAAAAAGACCAUCGGUGAAUAUCUUGCAACUCCAGAUAACAUCACAUUAUUGAAAAAAUUCAUUGGAUUAUUUGACUUUAAAGAUCUUCGUAUUGACGAAGCGAUAAGAAUAUUGUUAACGAAGUUCCGCUUACCAGGUGAAUCUCAACAGAUUGAGAGAAUUGUGGAAUCAUUUUCCGCCAUAUACGUUGAAAGCCAAGAGUAUGAUCUUGAGAAGUCCAAUCAAGAUAUAGAAAAUGAUUACAGCACAGUUCAACCAGAUGCAGAUUCUGUUUUCAUUUUAAGUUUCUCUAUCAUUAUGUUGAACACUGAUCUUCAUAAUCCAGUUGUUAAAAAGCAUAUGACCUUCGAUGAUUAUACUUACAAUCUUAAGGGAUGUAAUAAUCAAAAGGACUUUCCUAUGUGGUACCUCGAUCGCAUCUACUGUUCAAUUCGUGAUAAAGAGAUCGUCAUGCCUGAAGAGCAUCAUGGUAGUGAAACGUGGUUCGAUGAUGUCUGGAAUAAUUUGGUUUCUUCGAAUACCGUUAUCACGCAGACUAGCAAGGAAGGAGUUCACUCAGAUGAUCUGAUGGAUAGCAUGUCACUGAUUAAAUUUGAAAAAGCAAUCUUUGAAAACGUAGGGCCAUCUAUCAUAGAGACAUUAUUCAGAAUAUUCGAGAUUGCGUCCGACGAUCACAUCAGUACAAGAAUGCUUACAAGCAUCGACAAAUGUGCUCAGUUGAGUGCUUUUUUCAGCUUCAAUGACUUAUUCAACGUCAUAAUGGAAAGAAUUACCAAAUUAACAACUUUAGCGGGUGAGAUUGAUGCAAGUUUAGCAAAUGACUAUGAGACAGAGGAUAUUCCUGUUGUAGAGAUAAAUGUGGAAGAGACACAAGAAAAAAUUACAGUCAGCAAUCUAUCUGUGAGAUUGGGUAAGAAUUUCAAGGGACAACUAUGUACAGUCAUCUUGUUCAGGUUUCUUCAAAAAAAUGAAGAUCCUCAUGUUAUAAACGAAACAGUUUGGUCUCAGAUAUUCCGAUUGCUCCUUAACUUGUUCGAAAAUGGCAUGAUAUCGCCUGAUAUAUUCCCGGACUUACAAAAGACCCUCAAGUUAGGGAGUCUUCCACGGCCAGCACCUGAAUAUUCGAUUAAUAAGUCAAAAGUCAAUAGAGGGUUAUUGUCAACGUUUGCGUCUUAUCUGAAAGGUGACGAGGAACCUACAGAAGAAGAAUUUAAAGCUUCCUUAAAUGCUUUAGAAUGCAUCCGCACGAGUCAUGUGGCAUCUUCGAUAUUUGGUAAUGAGAGGAACGUAACCGGGAAUUUGGUAAACACAUUACUGGAAUGUCUUUCGCUCGAAAAAACUGAAGAAAACAGCAGAUUUUAUGAGUCCGAGAUCCUAUUCAUUAUGGAAUUGUGCGUGGCUUCGUUUUUAUUCUGUAAGGAUGAUAAAGAUGUUGGGAAGGCAGUAUUAACUAAACUAAUUUCACUUUCACAUUUACAGGGAACUUCGAAACUCUUUGUCCGUCGUGUUCUAGCCUAUAAAAUGCUUUUAGUUUCCAUCUUAGAGGAGCGGGCCGCUCUUCUCGAAUUGGUAAAUGAAGAUCUUCUUGCGAAAGAAGAUAUUUACAAUCAACACUUUUUUUGCAGUGACCAAGGGGCAGAAUUUUUGAAGACAUUGUUAUCUCUUACUGAAAUCGAAAAUUAUAGUGAUGUGUUGCUACAGGAUGAGGGUUUUUGGAAAACAUUGAGGGUCUUUGCCUCUAAUAAUAAGCAUACUCUAACCGUAUUCCAAUAUAUUGAAAGCAGCGUCUUAAAAAAGACUAAUGUGAUAACUCAGCGUAAUUUCAUGUGGUUAUUAGGGCUCUUGGAUGAAAUUUCAUCCAUUGGAGCUGUCGGUGGGCAGUGGGAAGAGGAAUAUGAUAAGUUGAUAAAGUCGGGACGAAAGACUGACAAGGAAAAUCCUUAUGAAGAAACGGUUGAACUGUCUUUGAAGUCAAUAAAUUCAACUGCCCAUUUAUUUGACAUCAAAAGGCAUGAACCUCUUUCUAAAAGUGAGAUGAUUGCACUAAUACAAGCUUUAGCUCAUCAGUGUAUGAACCCUUGCCAACAACUGAGAACAUACGCUUUGAGUUCUUUGGAGGAUACUUUGAAUAAGCAUUUGGAGACUUUUUCGCAUUCCGUAAGUUUAGCUGAAUUAAUUGAAGGUGGACUUCUAACCAUGAUCAAUUCGGACAACAAUCAAAUCAGCGAAUCAUCAUCUAUUGUCGAUGUUCUAUUGUUGUUGAAGAAAGUCUAUUUGCACUAUCUUGCGCUUGGAGAAGCAGAUAAUGAUACCUUUUUAAAGGUACUUGGUGUUUUUAAUAAAUAUGUCGAUAAUUCCGAAGUUGAAAAGAUUCUGCAGGAUUUAAUCACUGAGAAGAAAGACAUUGAAAAGCAGGGAUCAAGCCAAGCCCAACCGUCUCAGGUUCUGGAGCCUGUGAUCAAACAAGAAGUAGUCCCUCCUGCGUCGGAGUCAGUAGAAUGA